AUGGCCAAGCACCACGGCACCACCCCGGCGAAUGAACCUAAGGCGAAGGAGGCGUACGAUCCGCAGGCACCAUUACACCCUGGUAUUCACGUCUACGAGCUGAAGAUGGACAUGCAGACUAUGACCUUAUCCAUUGCAAGUUCAGAGACCGUAGGAAUGCACAGGGCGCUCGCGCUCCCCGACAUCCUCCACCUAGUCUGCGACCACCUCAUCUGGUCCGCAGACGGCUUUCCAUCCCAGGAAUCCCAGCGAGACAUGCUCAUGCUCGCGCUUACAUGCAAGGCGUUCCUCCCCAUUGCCCUAGACACCCUCUGGUCACACAUGCGCUCGCUGGUGCCCCUGAUGAAGCUGCUACCAACCUUCGGGUCAGCGUAUCGCGGGGGUCUCUUUGUUCUCAAAGAAAACGUCCCUCCGGAGACCUGGCGAGUAUUCGACGCUUACGCCGCGCGGAUACGUUCUCUCAAUCACUCGCAGAACCUGCGGACUGAUCCUUCUGUGUAUGAAGCCCUCCUGCGAUGGCAUCCAUCACCGCUGCUUCCCCGUCUUCGGCAGCUACUAUGGCGAGGGGGAGAUUUCUCUCUCUCAGAAGCUAAACUCCUCCAGUCACCUUCACUGCGCCACGCGCGAUUCCUGUUGACUGAAUACCCUGAGCAGGGCGGUGGCGUCCAGACUUUCCUAGAGCGGCUGUCCGAAACACAACUCCAGGAACUGACCUUGUGGGGAAAGAUACCGCCAGGCUGUCUGACGCUAGUCCCCCGGUUCCAGCACUUACGCAUGCUGUACGUAUGGGAGGCCUACCGCGGAGUGAAGAUCCUCCGUGACAAGCAGUCAUGGGAAGACGUGCACGCAGGCAUAUACAAAAGCGCGUUCGAAAUGGAACAGCUCACGUCUCUAUCCCUCCGCCUGCCGCUGGAGAACACCUACGAGUUCCCCGAGCGCAUCGCGCUAGGGAACCUGGACUACCUGUGCCUGCGCGGGUCCGUCGAGUCCCUGAUCCCGCUCUUCGAAGUGCUCUCUGCGGACCAGCUCUGGGAACUGGAUCUCACGGCCGACACGCACGGCAGCCCGGAGGGGUGCAACUACCGCGGGCUGCUCUCCAAGCUGCGGUUCCCGCAUCUGCGCGUGCUGGAGCUCAGCACGACGAACGAGGACCGCGCGGAGCUCGCGCUCGACUACGCCGACAUCGUCGAGCCGCUGCUCGGCCUGCGCGCGCUGGAGAAUGUCCUCGUUAACUUCCCCAGUGAUACGGUCCGCCUGGGGGACGACGACGUGCUGGCGAUGGCGAGCGCGUGGCCGUGCCUGCAGAAGCUGCGCGUGGUGACGGCGAACAGCGACCGGCCGCCGGUGGGCGCGGCUGCCAUCCCGACGCUGCGCGCGCUCGCCUACCUUGCGCGGGGGUGUCCGGAGCUGCAGUCGCUCGAGCUGCAAAUCGACGCCUCGGGCGCGGUGCCGGCGCCUGUGAGUAUGGAUAGGGAUCAUGGCCUCCGAAGCCUGGACAUGCGGUGCUCGCCCGUAGGCGAUGCUCGAAAGGUGGCGGUGUGGCUGAAUGGUGUGUUUCCGAGCCUGGAAGUGGGGGUGUCGGCGAAGAGGGGCUGGGGCUGGGGACAUGUGUGGAAUCAGAUCUGCGUCCUGCGGGUACUCGGGGAGCUCGGUUAUACGGAUGUUGUUGCAGCGCUGGGCUGA